AUGGCUCCGUCUAGGAAGGGCGGCAGUCGGGUGGCUAAGACCAAUGCGCUGCGGAACCGAAAGCUCGCCUCCUUUCUUAAGGACUUCGACCGUGAAGUGCAAAUGCGAUCCAAGCAAAUUCAGUCAGACAGGCAGAACCUCCUCAAAGAGUUGGAUAACCUGUACAACAUUGAGAUCCUGCGACUCCCCAAGGCGCUGCGCGAAAUGAACUGGCUCGAAUACUUCGCCCUUGGAGGAAACAAGCAGGCCCUGGAAGAAGCAGCAACAGCUGACUUGGAUAUCACAGAAAUAAACAAAUUAACAGCAGAAGCUACUCGGACACCCCUGAAACUUGCCAAAACACGGAAGGUAAUGCAAGUGGAUGAGAUGAUAAUGGAAGAAGAAGAGGAAGAAAAUAUCAGUAAGAAUCCUCAAACUGCAAGAGCUAAAAGGUGUCCUCCAUCCAAGAAGAGAACCCAGUCCAUACAAGGGAAAGGCAAAAAUAAAAGGUCAAGCCAUUACGCCACCGUUACCCCAGCUGUGGGCCGACUGGAGUUGUCUCUGGUGAAACCAACUCCAGGCCUGACACCCAGGUUUGACUCAAGGAUCUUCAAGACCCCGGGUCUGCGUACUCCAGCGGCCAGAGAGCGGAUUUACAAUGUCUCUGUGAACGGCAGCCCUCUCGCCGACAGCAAAGAGAUAUUCCUCACUGUGCCAGUGGGAGGCGGAGAGAGCAUGCGGUUAUUGGCCAGUGACUUGCAGAGGAUCGAUAUUGCCCAGCUGGAUCCAGAGGCCCUGGGAAACAUUAAGAAGCUCUCCAGCCGUCUUGCUCAAAUCUGUGGCACCAUACGAACUCAAAAAUGAAGCUGCUAUUCCAAG